AGCGAGAGCGAUAGAGCGGAGGAGAGAGAGAGAGAGAGAGAGAGAGAGAGAGAGAGAGAGAGAGAAAGCCAGGAAAACGAGAGAGAAAAGAGAGCUAGAAAGCUCCAUCUGCCCUGCUCCGUGACCGAGCCUUCAUCCUGGUCCGUGGCUUGAAGAGGACAUCUCGUGGAGGAGGUCCUCCCGUGUCCCAAAGUGGAGGAGACACGAGAAGACGGCAAGAGGGACUUGUCCUCCAAAGACAUGACUGGUCUACAUUUAGUCUCUGCCCCGGACUGCACCAUCCCAGCCUUCCCGCCCGGCACCGGUCAUUGAGAGGAGCAGAUGUUCAUCAUCAUGCUCUCCUCUCCUCCGUGCGGCCGAGCACCUUUACGUCUUAUUUUAUCACCGCUCCUCUUCCUCGUGCGAGUGUGAGUGUGGACUUCCUCCAUCCUUGGAAAAUGAAGCGUGGGCUGAGAGUCUUACGCACUCCUCCUCCUCCUCCUCCUCCUCCUCCUCCACCUCCUGACGAGGCCCAGCGAGUCACACAGCCAGCCAGCACAUACACACACGCUGACCACCAUGCGGCGAACAGGCCGAGCGAGCACGCUAACAACAGGCUGGACGCACAUGCUACGAGUUCGAGCCCCUUCUUGGCAGCCACCUCUCUUUUCAGCCCCGAUGUCAGCACCAAGAUGGCGUCUGACCUUCUCAUCAGGCUCUCAGAGGCGACCCAGAAGGCCCUGGUGCAUCCUGGAAGUCGAUCAGAGGCGGAGUCUGAGAGGCGGGGUGCCUUGCCCGAGGGACGGGGGGGGCAGCAGGAUGAGCCGGGCCCGGCUCUGUCCCCAGACGGCCCUGGGGCGAGUCCCAAUCCACCCUCGCUCUCGCACACUCCUGAUGGGGACGCGGCCACAGACACGCUGGCUUCGGACUUCCUGAGAAAACUGGCCGAGAGUCAAGUCGUGACCCCGCCCGGUGUGAAGGUCAAGGAGGAAGAGGAGUCUAUGGAAAUCAACACGCUGAUGAUGUCAGAUCUCAUCGGGGAUCCGCCCAGCGUAGGAGGCCGCCAUCUUGCCACCGUCAAAGCAGAGCCGCUCAAUUGGAUGGAGACGGCAGAUUCACGUCUGCUGGGUUCCGGUGGUAGCUGCCGGGUUCCAGAUGUCAAACAGGAGAAGGAGCUCCUCAACGAGGCCCGAGACAAGUUCUUGUCUGGAGUCGGCACCGAGGAGCAGCUCUUCUUUGGAGACCAGUUGUGUUCUGGAGCCAAAAUGGCGGAGCAGUGCCUGCGAGCAGCACUGUGGCAGGACAUGUCCGUCAACCUGGCAUCCACGCUGCUGCACCAGCUCUCAGAACGUGUUGCUAAGUCCAACAGCGCUCCGACACAAAGGAUGACCCACACCGCCAGGAAGAGUCCAGUCGUGAAGGCGGAGCCAACCUGGACCUGCCCCUCUUUGAGCGCCCUGGAUCCUUCUCGAAGUCCAAGCAGCACGAGAGGAAGUAGCAGCUUCUUCUACAGGUGUCACGUGUGCGGCUUUGAGACGGACAGGCGCCUCCUUUUCCACGAUCACAUGAUGGAGCACCGGCAACGGGAGCGCGGCUCCUUCUCGCUGCGCUGCUGCGUGUGCGACCACUCGACCAAUCGGGAGGAAGCCAUGAGGGCCCACGUGGACACACACUUGCUGGGCGGAGUCAGCAGAUGCCCCCUCACCCCUCCCGCCAGCAGCAUGCCGACAGUUGCUACGGCAACCCCGCUGGAGACGAGCACCUCAGAGCAUCGCUGCCGCAUCUGCCAGAGGUCGUUUCCAGGGCAACAGGAGCUGUUGGUUCACUUCCAGGGUCAUCGCCAAGGCAACCAGUACCGCUGCGAGCGCUGCGGCCACCUGACGCGGACGGCCAACAAGCUGGUGGAGCACGUGCGCGUGCACACGGGGGAGCGCCCCUUCACCUGUGACCUUUGCCCUUACAGCGCCAAGCGGCGGGACAGCCUGCGUCUUCACUGCAAGGUCAAACACGCCGCCCGCGCCGCCGACCCCACUGGCGUCCACACCCACCGCUCGUACACGCAGGGGGACGAUCCCGGCAAACACGGCGGGCGGCUGCACGGCGACGCGCAGGCUGCACACGCCCCUCCUCCCCCCUUGCUGCGUGAUGGAGGCUGGGGGCGGGAUUUGUCUCCCGUGGUUUCAAUCACCACGCUGCUCGCGCUCAAAGCUCGCUCUCCCGCGCCCUCCUCCCCCUCCUCCCCCUCCCCUUUUUCUUCCAACAAACUUUCCUUCCUGGGCUACCUUGGCCUGACGUCUUUGUGAACGUCUUCGUUUUUCUUCUGACCUCAUCUCCUUUCUCUUGGCUGCAUGUCACCUCCGCUUAGCACCUUGUUGGCUCUCCUGGCCUCAUCGUCACCUCCUUGACUGACUCAGGACUUGUUGAGUGACGGAUGGAAAACUCACUGCCGUAUCAAGUGGAUGAAAAAUUAAUCAUUGAUAUUGCUGUACAUCGGUUAGCAUCGUGAUCGUGGUCGCCGCUGCCUGCUUUUAGCCGGUCAUGACCUUUUAUCGUCAUUGGUCUGUCCCUAAAGUCUAAUAUUAUAUACAUAAAUCGGAAUAUGAAAUCAUAUUUUAUUUUUUUAUUUCAUUUGUUAAUCUUUUAUUCAUGUUGUCAUGUUUUGAUUUUUUAAUUAUUUUGUUUAAAUUAUUCUUUAAAUAUUUAUUUCAUUAUUUUAAUGAAUGUAUUAUUAAAUGAAACUUUUUUGUGUCAUACAUGUGUAUAUUCUACAGUAUAUGUUCAGACUUUAGGGACACCAUGUCUCACGUGUGUGUCCUUCUUACGAAAGAAAGGCUGCCUCCAAAUGUGCGUCGUGGUUUUCACACGGUGCACGCGGUCUUUUUGCUGACAAGACACAUUUGUAAUUUGAACAAAGCAAAAGUGUAAAUAUUCCAUCUUCCUGUGACUUUCACUGACAAGGUCUACUUUUGUUUUCUAGCAGCAGCUAACCAUCGUUAGCAUGAAUGUGAUUAUUGUCAACUCGUCAUUUAAUUGCGCUUUAAACUGCCUGACAUUUUAUUAAAAAAUGCUUUUUUUUUAAGUUGACACUUUGUAUUUCCAUACGUUGAGCUGACAAGCUUUGCUCGCUUUGAAGUUGCUCUUUCUAAUCUUUGUGUUCUAUAUCAACACUUGUGUGCACUUUGUCUGCUUGCUGACACAAAAUUAUUGUCAAAUUUUUACAUCUCUAAUGAAGAUUGUUUCUUUGCUUGUCUUAUUUUGACCAAGGAGCUAAUGGACCAAGCGCACGGAGCUGAAAUGUACCAUGUUUGGCCUCCAUUUUGUCUCUGCUGGGUCAUGUUUGCUUCUGCUUGAUCAAUAAAGUUAAACUUUCAGUCC